AUCAUAAAGUACUGCAGAGUUUAACCAAAAUCAUUCGAUGGAUGAUUCCAAACUUUCCCAUAGAUCCCUAUGAAUUAUAAGAACAAGAAUAGAAUACAAGAUGGACACCUUCCACUACCAACCAAGUGUAGAUACAAGAUGGACACCUUCCAGUGUUUACUAUUCCUUCUCCUCGUUCCCUCUGUUUGCUUGUCACAGUCCCACCCAGACCGUUUCAUCCGAUCCCGAUCCCGAUCCCACCGUAAAGAAUACUUCGAGGUGAGCUACCCUCCGCCGUCGCACGAAGCCACACCCUCAUGUUCCCACCAAAUCAUACACCACUCCUUCGCUAACACCAUAGACUCACCUCCUUACUCUACUCCCUACUCUCCUCCCUCCCACUGCCCCGCACCCUGGUCUCGCGUCGUCCUUCGCUUCCACGCCAAGUGCAAAGGCGAACAGUACGACCGCAUCGCCGCCAUCUGGCUCGGCGGCGUCGAGCUCUUCCGCACCAGCACUGCCGAGCCCACCAACUCCGGAAUCUUCUGGAACGUCCGCAAGGACGUCACCAGGUACUCCUCUCUCCUUGCAAGGUCUGACCUCGAACUCACAAUGAUGCUCGAAAACAUCGUUAACCAUGAAUACACCGGCGUUUACCACGUCACCGUCACUCUCUUGUACUACAACGAGUACGCCGUUAGGUUUCCGUUUAGCCCUUGCCCUCAGGUUUCGGAACUGAAUCGAAGAUCAAGGUCUCUUAUGCGUGAAGAAUCAGAGGUAAAAGGUUUCUGGGAUUCGAAUGAAUCCGAAUCCCCAGCUGAUUUGAUUAUUCCGAUAUCUGAUGACGGAAAACGAGGGUUUUGGUUCAAGGUGGAGGAUGAAAAGGAUUUGAAAUCACGAAGAAUUCAAAUACCGCAGAAUACUCACCGAGCGGUUCUGGAACUGUACGUGUCUUUCCAUGGAAACGAUGAGUUUUGGUACUCGAAUCCGCCCAGUUCGUACAUCACGGCGAACGGUUUAACCACGGGGCGGGGCAACGGAGCUUACAGGGAAGUGUAUGUGACGAUUGACGGCGAGGUUGUCGGGUGGGAGGUUCCGUUUCCGGUUAUUUUCACGGGCGGAAUCAACCCCUUGUUCUGGGAACCCAUGGUGGCAAUUGGGGCUUUCAACCUUCCUUCUUACGACAUGGAUUUGACGCCGUUUUUGGGAAAGCUUCUGGAUGGGCAAGAGCAUGCUUUUGGAAUAGGAGUGGCUCGGGGCAUCUCGUACUGGCUCGUCAAUGCAAAUUUGCACCUUUGGUUGGAUCAUGAAUCCUCGGAGGUUCAUGCGAACCGAGUCGUUCACAUGAGUCCUGAAACCUCAAUAGAACACCAAGAGGAGUUUAAAGGACUUGAUGGAGUGUUUGAAGUGGAAGCGGGUAAGGAAACGCAGAUAGCAGGGUGGGUUUUAUCUAGUGCGGGCAACAUAACCACCUCCAUAUCGCAGGGAUUCACGUUAAAGAACUUUAUAAAGUUCCAACAUAAUGGUACUUACAAGAUGGUUAAGCAGAAAUUCAAGGCGAAGAAGAAGGUGAAGGUAAUCAAUGGCAGAGGUGAAUUGAUUUCAAAGUUGAAGGUUAAGCGCAAGUAUCCCCUGCGAGUUAUUACUUCGACUGAACCAUGUUGUCAGAACGGCAAUGGCAAUGGCAAUGAUAGAUACCGGCUUGUCACCAAUGUUUCUCAUGCUUUCAAGGAGAAGUAUGUAGGUGGGUGCUUCAUAAACUCGAUUAGUAACGUCCAAGAUUCGAAGGGAUGGAUGGAGGUCAAGGGUCACUCUGUUCUAUCAGGUCAAGCAACCACCAAACAAAAUUAUAGUUACACUGAUAGGUUCAAUUGCUACUCCAGGAAUGUUGCAUCAGCUAAUGGCAGGAUUAUUGCAGACAAUUCAACUUUCAACUGUGAAAAUUCUUUGUAAUUUCUUUUGCGGGUACCUAUUUGUGCGGUUCCUGCAUAGGUGAUUUUUUUUAAUAUAAAGUUUGGGGAUAAUGUGUGGUUCCUUCUGAGUCAGUCUGCUUGUGUAAAUCAUUGUCAUACGUGCCACUGUGCCUGGAAUUAGACAUAGACGAAA